AUGAAUGAAAACGCUGCUACCUAUUAUGCUAUCAAAAGCUGUUCACGAUUACAUGCGCCUGUCCUGUUUUUUAGUUGGGACGAUGCUUCCCAGUUUCUUCACAGCUCCACGCUGUCUUCCACAGAAUACGCCGAGUUCGAUGAUAUGUAUCAUGCUCUGGAAUACAUGAGCAGCAGCGACAGCUCUAAUGAAUCUCCUAUUGCUCAAGAAGCGAUACCAGCUGUUUCCACAAGCUGUGUCGCCCGAGCUGCUCAUUGUUAUAAUAAUACUUUCCAGAGACCAGCUGAAGUGUGGAAAGCCACUACGAAACGAUCACUCCCAGAGAGUGAACGACGCAUCAAACGACGUAAACGGAAUCGUAUAAAAGAUGAUCUAUGCGCCACCACAAAGGCCCUGAGUGCCCUCAACUUUGACCGAAGCAAUGGCAAUCCCAUGCUGACAAAGAAUAACAGCAACAACAGCACCAUGAACAACGAGUUCUUUUUGUACACUGGACAAAUACACGACGACAUACCCAAAACAGUCACUUAUGUUCGGACGCAAACAUCGUUAGACUUUAUUCCAGAAAGUACCUUUCGGGAUCUAAAGCAGUUGGGGACUGUGGAAAUUCAGAAACCGGUUCGAGUGAUUGGACGUAGAGCCUUUUUUUCGUGUCGAUCGCUUACAGAAGUAUCCUUACCUUCCACUGUCAAGGUAAUUGGUGAUCAUGCCUUUCGAUCAUGUUUUCCAUCCGGCUCUUUAGCGCUUCCAGAAGGAUUGGAAACGAUUGGAAAGUGGGCCUUUCGACAGUGCGAGUUUAGGUCCAUGAGAAUCCCGGAUUCGAUUGAAGAAGUUACCGAAGCCUCCUUUUCCAACUGUUCCAAGUUGCUGUCCUGUGAAAUAUCCGAAAAAAUGAUUCGAAUUCGAGAUGGGGCCUUUUCGUAUUGCCAACGAUUAAGGAAUAUUGCUAUUGGCAAGAACACCAGAACCUGCAAACGUGGUGUAUUUGGUGGUUGCCAGGAUUUGCUUGACCUCUUCCACUCGGAGGAUGCCUUGGUGGAUGCCUUGAAGCACCGUUUCGAUGCACUGCCCUUGCACAAAACAUGCUAUUACCAGAGUUUCUCGGAAAAUGUGGAGAUUGUUCAAAUGUUGGAUAUGAAUUCGGACGAUGGAUCGAAACAGGAUUGCCUUGGAAUGACUCCUCUGCACAUUCUAGCCCUCUCCUCCAGACAGGAUAUUCAAAUGUACCAAAAUGUGAUCGAAUGCUCCCCCAGUGAUCUUGUGACCCUUGAUAGAUGGGGCGAAAUUCCAUUGAAUUAUGCUUGCCACAAUGAUAUUCCAGUUGAUAUUCUCCAAUGCAUGCUAGAAGGUCACCUGUCAAUGUUUCAUACGGAACAUAUAAUCUGGGGAAGGUUGAUCGAUAUAUUGUGCUCCAUUGGAGCGUCCCGAGAAAAGUUUCAGCUGGUACUAGAAUCCCAACAAAGAUAUUCGCCCAAUGAGAGACUCGAUUGGGCUAAGAUCUUGGAGACAACAUUGCAUAUGAAUGCUAACCCUGAAACCACUAGGUUUCUCUUUGAAUGUAGCAUUCAUCGACGAUUGAAACAAUUGGGGCUUGAAAAGUGGAGGUCGAGUGUGAUCAAUGAAGUGGCACAAAUUGACGACUUCUCCAAUCGACAAGCAUGCAAUGAGGUCGUGCACGAGAAGCUAGUAGAGAUGGAGCGCAGGGAAAUUCUUUCGUUGGUGGAACAAUCAGUCUGGAAAGAUAGAAUGAUGGAUGGUGGCGAAGACAGUAUGAAGAUUGGAUAUCAAGAGGAAGAACCAUCUGCGACUCGAAGCAAUCCUUAUUGGCGGGAACUCUGUCGCGUCAAGUGUGGUGCAGAUAUAGUGGUAUCCAAUGUACUUCCUUUUCUGGGGAAUUACCUUCAGCAACACCCAAAGAAGUGA